GUCCAUAAUCCAAUAUCCAGCUACAUAUACUAGGAACAAUUUACUUAUUACCUCGUACCUCCGAGUGUCAUUUAAUAAGCCGGUCACAAUGUUGGUGCUGAUCAUGGAGGUUUUGGUUUCGGUUUUGGUUUUGAUCGCGCACACCGGUUUUGGUCGUGCUGCGGUUGUUACAUGUCCUGCUUGCGGGACAAGUCACGUUCCGUAUCCGCUUAGCACUGGACCGAUGUGCGGCAACCAGUCGUACAAGGUCCGGUGUGACAAGGGUGCGUUGAAGUUUGACACGCUUAAUAACACUUACCCGAUCAUAUCAAUCUCCCCAAAAGACCAACAGCUAGUGAUCGCGCAAUCACCCUUCUUACCAAACACGUGCUACACGGCUGAUCUUCCCACCCAAGGCAUACAGCUGGACCCGUCGUUGCCUUUCAGUAUAUCGUUAAACAACACUGUAAUCUUCUUCAACUGUACGGAAACAAUGUCUUCGUUUACGAUGGAUUGCACUCCCACGAGCCCUUGCAGAGCGUAUGUGAACGGAUCACCGCUGAUGUCCGUGUGUAGGAAAUCGCCACGUUGUUGUUCGUUUUAUAAAGGAAGCUCUACAAGCCUGUACUCGCUUCGACUAACCAUGAAUCGAUGCAGGGCGUACAAAAGCUUCGUUAAUCUAAACAGCUCGUUGCCGUUUAACAAGUGGCCGGAUCCUGCUGUCGAGUUGGUGUGGGCUCCACCGCCCGAGCCAGCGUGUACAAAACAGGCUCAAUGCGAGGCGACUUCCACUUGCAGGGAUGCUCACGACGGAUCACGAAGGUGUUUAUGCAAGUCGGCAUUCCUUUGGGAUGCGGUCGCCGGGCAGUGUGUUAAGGAUCUCGAAAAAGCCCGAAGAAAACGGACAGUACUUGUCGCAUCUACGGUAUGCGUUGGUGGUAUAGUAUGUUUAACAAGUAUAUUCGGGUUGGCUACACUUAUUCGCCAUCGAAAAAGCAAAGCAGCACGAAAACGCCUUGCUCGUGAGCGAGAGAAGAUCGUAGGGGCGAGUGGCAUUGGAAAGCUAGCCAAAGUCUUCACAAGCAAAGAGAUAAAAAAGGCCACUAACAACUUCUCGCAAACCGAUCUUCUUGGCGUUGGCGGGUUCGGAGAAGUAUACAAAGGCGUGAUGGAGGAUGGCGCGAUAGUGGCUGUUAAAUGCGCGAAACCUGGUAACACCAAAAGCAUAGAUCAAGUCCUAAACGAGGUUCGAAUCUUGUGCCAAGUCAACCACAAGAACCUCGUACGCCUUCUCGGUUGUUGUGUGGAAGAGGAACAACCGUUUUUGGUGUACGAGUAUAUUCCAAACGGAAGCCUCUUUGAUCACUUGCAUGGUCAUGACAAACGACCUUUAACGUGGGGUGAACGUCUAGGUAUCGCUCAUGACACUGCCGAAGGGCUCGCGUACCUCCACUUCUCCGCAUCACCCCCGAUUUACCAUCGUGACGUAAAGUCGAGCAACAUUUUACUCGACUACAACAUGAAAGCAAAGGUGGCGGAUUUUGGUUUGUCAAGACUAGCCGAGGCGGAUGUGACCCAUGUGACAACUUGUGCACAAGGUACUUUCGGGUACUUAGAUCCCGACUAUUAUUGGAACUAUCAGUUGACCGAUAAGAGUGAUGUGUAUAGUUUUGGAGUACUGUUGUUGGAAAUGCUUACGGGUCAAAAGGCUAUAGACUUUGUCAGACCCGCGGAAGAUGUAAACUUGGUCGCCUACAUUAAACGAGUAGUGAACGAGGAAAGAUUGGUGGAUGUUAUUGACCUGACGCUUAAGAAACACGCGACCUCGUUGGACAUUGAGGCGAUGAAAGCAUUUGGGUUUCUUGCGAUGAGUUGUUUGGAGGAACGAAGAGAGAACCGGCCUUCUAUGAAGGAAACAUCCGAGGAGAUCGAGUAUAUCAUGGGUGUCGUUGCAAACACCGCGGACGAUAAUCUUCGCUAAAUGAAUAUGUUUUUCUAUUUUGAAAAUAUGUGUAAAAUGACCAAAGUUUUGUGUUUUAUAGUUGUUGAACCAUCAUAGUUUUUUUUGUUGAAAUGAUACAACUCUUCGUGAAAGAGUAUGUCAGUCGACGCUA